AUCAUGUAUCCGGUCUCAGCGUAGACUUGCGUAGGUGUGUACAGUGUUUGUGUGGUUUGUGGUGUGUUCACGUGCGGUGUCCUCUUUCUAAGGCAGCAUAACCGGAGAUAAAUUAUUCAAGGACUAUCAGCUGGAGAGGGAGCUCACCUGAUAGCACGGACAUACAAUAUUACAACCGGAUAUCAGGUCAAACCGCACAACGUUUCCUGCUGGUUCCUUAACUACCUCAUUCCGUGACGUCUUUUGGUGCUACUGCCUACGAAGACCUUAACGAGACAAGAACUGACACAAGCGGAAUACUUUGCUUUUGUGCGGUACGUCUUCUGUUUUUCUGCAUUUUUCUCAAAUGCUUGUCACCAACAAACAGUUAAGUCUCGGUCGCUCCCACAGUUGGGACACUUUAGGGGGGAAUGAGGGUCAGUGGGACAGGGCUGAGAGUGUCUACGAGCAGCAGGCAAGAGUAGCUGGCCGACGUAGCUCUCUGUCAUACGGAGAGGGGGGAGGAGGGUGGUACGAAACUCCCGCAGGGGUGCGUCCUCCUGACCUGGAUUUGAAGCGUGAUCCGUAUUCCUAUCAAGACUACGGACCCGUUUACCCAGGGGGUCUGAGGAAGGGCUCCGUGCCAGACCUGAACCACUACGAACGAGCAACUAUGGCUCACAGAGGAUCCGUUCCACAUCAAGAUUACUACCCUCACGAUCCGGCCAUGACUCCUCGUGCACCUGAAGCCUUUUACCGGCCUGAGCACCAGCCUCCGUCACCUCAUCCGCUCAGCAGGUCGGGUUCUCAUUUUGGCCUGGCGCCCAUGGCUCGUGUUGGGUGGGAUCAACCUCAGAGCGCAAGAGGAGGACCUCAAGCCCCCCAGUCAAAUUUACCUCCCCCUCCGACUACUCCAAUUUACAGGGAAUCUGGUGUUACUAAGAUGAUGCCCGACAGUCAGCGCAGACCCUCUCGGGAUACGUCUCCUGGUCAUUACAGCGUGGAACACGCCUCUCCUCGGUAUGCAAAUGAGCCUCCACCUCUGGCCAGUCAAUCUGGCUAUACCGAUAGUCGCCCGUUGGAUCCGCAGCAGCAGCAGGGUGCGACUUGUCUAGUGGUGGAUCCUUCCAGUCAAGGUGGGAUAAUGAGGCAGGAGACAGCCUCGGCCUAUUCAAUCCAGCAGCAGCAACAACUGCAGCAGCAGCAGCUACAACAGCAACAACUGCAACAACAACAACUGCAGCAACAACAAAUACAGCAGCAGCAGUUACAGCAGCAACAACUCCAUCAGCAGCAGCAGCUUCAGCAGGAGCAGCUGCAACAGCACCUGCAACAGUCUUUGCCGCCUCCUAACAUCAUCCCCGAACCGAAACUUCCUGUGGCGGCUCCGCUUCCUCCUGCUUCGCCCGGCCAAUUACAGACCGCCGCAGUUGUCCCGGUUGCACCCGCCCCUGUCCAGGCAGUGCCAACUCUAGCCCCUCAACCUCCCGUUGCCCUUCCCGCCCCUCUGCCGACGGCCCCGCAGACACCUUUACCCGUGGAUCCCAAGAGGACGGUGGAUCCCGAGUUUCUUGCCUUAUUGCGAAAUGAGGGCAUCUCUGAGAGCACCAUCUCCUCGCUCAUCCAGCAAGGGUUUGACUCCACUAGCAUGUUGACUGUCAUGGAGGACAACGACGUACGCACAGUGGCGCCCAACCUCGGCCAGGCACGGGUACUUUCUCGAGUGGUCCACAACUACAAGCGGCCCACUGAAGCGCCACCGCCUCCCUCUCAACCCCAGACGCCCAUGCGGGGUCGUUCUAAUAGUUUUAGCCAUCGCUCGGACGUCUAUCACCAGCAGCAGCACCAAGCUUUCCAUCCUCCCCAGGCUUUGAAUGUCGACCCUCACCUGAUCCCCCCGCAGACACCUGGAGCCAUGCAGACCAUCUCGCCAAGGAUGGGAGAGGCAAUAGGCAGAAGGCCCAGUAGUGCACCUUCUCAGCAGCUCCUGGAAGCCUCCGGAGGUUACCCAGGUCAAUCGCCUCGUACCCCGGGCGCGUAUGUCGGUGCUUUGUUGCCCGUUCAGUCAAGACCGAUGUCUGCAUAUUCCAUGCAAGGGUUGCCCGUUCAGGGUAUGCAGAUCAUGUCGCAACAGAUGACUGGCUCCAUGCCUGCUAUAGCUGGUUCCAUCCACCCCAUGCCAGGUAUGCCCCAGCAGAUGCCAGUCUCCAUGCCAGCUUUACCUCAACCGCAACAGCAGGUACCCAAGGCAUACUCUACCAAUUACACGGUACCCAUGGAGCUCAUGAAGAGGGACCGGAGCUUGUUGCCCAUGUCACCCAUGCAUAGCCCUUACCCGAAUCCCCAACUGGUACGGAAGGCUGGAGGACCAGCAGGAGACAAUGCCCUGGUUCCUGUAGGAGGCCCCAAUCAAGGACAAGGGGCUAUGGUUGCUAACCAGAAGCUAAGUCGCCGCACCGGUCCACCAGUCAUCGUGUCCACUAUGGCAUCUCCAGACACAAGUAUCCGGCCGCAAAUCAUGAACGGGCCCAUGCACCCACGCCCCCUGGUGGCGCUGCUGGACGGGCGCGACUGCACGGUAGAGAUGCCCAUCCUCAAGGACCUGGCCACAGUGGCCUUCUGCGACGCUCAAUCCACGCAGGAAAUACACGAAAAGGUCCUGAGUGAGGCGGUGGGAGCCAUGAUGUACCACACCAUCACGCUGACCCGGGAGGACCUGGAGAAGUUCAAGGCACUACGUAUCAUCAUCCGCAUUGGCAGCGGCUACGACAACAUCGACAUCAAGGCGGCCGGAGAGCUCGGUAUCGCCGUGUGCAACAUUCCCUCGGCGGCGGUGGAGGAGACGGCCGACUCGACACUCUGUCACAUUCUCAACCUGUACAGGAGGAACACUUGGCUCUACCAGGCUCUCCGGGAGGGCACGCGGGUCCAGAGCGUGGAGCAAAUCCGAGAGGUGGCCUCGGGGGCGGCCAGGAUCCGAGGAGAGACGCUCGGCCUGAUCGGAUUCGGUCGCGCGGGCCAAGCGGUGUCGAUGCGGGCCAAGGCGUUCGGCUUCAACGUGAUCUUCUACGACCCGUACCUGCAGGACGGCCUGGAGCGCUCGCUGGGGGUGCAGCGCGUCUACACGCUGCAGGACCUCCUCUACCAAAGCGACUGCGUCUCUCUGCACUGCAACCUCAACGAGCACAACCACCACCUCAUCAACGACUUCACCAUCAAGCAGAUGCGCCAAGGCGCGUUCCUGGUGAACGCGGCGCGAGGAGGCCUGGUGGACGAAAAGGCCUUGGCGCAGGCCCUCAAGGAAGGCCGAAUACGUGGAGCCGCCUUGGAUGUCCACGAGUCGGAACCCUUUAGCUUUUCUCAAGGUCCCCUUAAGGACGCCCCCAACUUGAUCUGCACGCCGCACACCGCCUGGUACAGUGAGCAGGCGUCGCUGGAGAUGCGCGAGGCCGCCGCCACUGAAAUCCGCCGAGCCAUCACGGGUCGCAUCCCCGACAGCCUGCGGAAUUGUGUCAACAAAGAGUUCUUCAUCACCUCGGCGCCCUGGGGAGUGAUGGAGCAGCCCCAGCCUCACCCGGAGAUCAACGGCGCCGCCUACAGGUUCCCUCCGGGUGUGGUGGGCGGCGUGGCCCCCGGCGGGAUCCCCCGGCCCCUGGAGGGGCUGCUGCCUGGCGGCCUGCCCGUGGCUCACACCUUGCCCCCGGGGACCCACGCGUCACAGACCACCUCCCCCAAUCAACCCUCCAAACAUGGCGACCAGACCAGAGAGCACAUGAGCGAGCCGUGACCAAGUGCCGCCCCUGCUCGGAAGGCACCGAUGACCCCCCCCCUUCGCCCGCCGGGCAAAGUGUGCCCCCCCCUCCCCUCCCCGGUCCUUACCCUCGACGGAGGAUGCACAGAUGAGACAUGUGAUGUGACACAGAUGUGACACAUGAGCCCUCCUGGACUUGGAGGAUGGAAUUCCUGUUUUUUUGCUCCUUUCCUUCAUUCCAGCUGUUUUUUUAAUCCCUUCUUUCAGUGUUGUGUUGCAAGUGUUGUUCUGUUUCUGCAAGUGUUACAUGUGUUUUUUAGCAGGAGUCGUCCUUGUUAGCAAUCAAAAAACAUUUGAUCCAUUCAGUAAAUUAUAUUUGCAUCAUUGUGAGCUAGAAAAGUAGGACAAAACAAGAGCAACUAUUAAAUUCAAGCCAUAUCUUAAUAGACAGCAAUCUGGGUUAUUUCUUUUUCUUCUCCUUUUCUCUGUCAAAUUCAGUUGAUGUGCAGUUUGGUUGUUAAAUGUUCUUAAGUCAUGUGACUGCUCCUUCUAGUUCUUUUUUUGUUUUGUUUUUUGUUUUUUUUAGGGUGACUGUGUUUUGUUCUUGUACAAGGUGAACAUACAGUAUAAUAUAAGUGCAGCUGGAAACCACAAAUAAAUACAUGCUGUCCUGAUUGAUGAUAA